AUGGCCGCUCCGAACGGCUCCAAUCACGACGAGGCCCCACCGACGGUCGAGCACCCUGAUGGUGACGUGAGGCACACAUCCGAAGAUGACGACGAGGACCAGGACGCGGAAGUGUUCGCGGACUACGUCCCGCAGCUGAUCACCAUCGGCCGCGACCACCCCAGCGACGUCAAAGAGUCGGCGUCGCUGGCCGGUGUCGUGCCGCCCGAUGCGUCGUUGCAGCACGAGCUGCGGAUCGCGAAGAGGCCCGGCUUCGAGCGGGCGCUGUCCAAGCUCCAGCUGGAGUCGAUCGUGUACGCGAUGAAGAGGCACGGGCAGUUUGGCGGCGGGGCGAGCGUUGCGCAGCGCAGCGGGUUCCUGAUCGGCGACGGCGCCGGCGUGGGCAAGGGCCGCACGAUCGCGGGCCUGGUCCUCGAGAACUGGCUGCGCGGGCGCCGCAAGCACGUUUGGAUCACGGAGAACGACGCCCUGUACCAGGACGCAGAGCGUGAUCUGAGCGACGUCGGCGCGCACGUCGGCGGGUGGGACACCGGCGCGGCUCUCUUCAGCGUGAAGGAGACGACGCCCGGGGCCGAGCCCCCCGCGGGCGUGGCGUUUCUGUCGUACUACACCCUGGUGAGGGACGAACACUUCAAGCGGCUGCUCGAGUGGUGCGGACGCGACUUCGACGGCGUGAUCGCCUUCGACGAGUCGCACAAGGCGAAGAACCUGCACUCCGAGGACGCCGAGGGCAGCGAGCGCAACGCGUCGAAAACGGCCCGCUGUGUCGCGGAGCUGCAAAAGGUGCUCCCGCGAGCGCGCGUGGUGUACGUCAGCGCGACCGGAGCGUGCGAGCCGCAAAACAUGGCGUACAUGACGCGGCUGCACCUGUGGGGCCUCAGGGCCGGUCCCGGCGCGGCGGCGAACUUCAAAACGUUCCGGGGCUCGCUCGAGAGGGGGGGUAUUGGGGCCAUGGAGGCGGUCUCGAUCGACCUGAAGGCGCGCGGCGUGAUGGUGGCGCGCUCGCUGUCGUUCGCGGGGACGUCGUGCACGGAGGACGUAGUCGACAUCGGCCCCGCGGGCGCCGAGAUGUACGACGGUCUGGCGCGCGUGCUGCGGCGGCUGCGGAGGGUGUGCGUCGACGGUCCGGCCGGCAGCCGCAGGAACGCGGUCGGGUUCCGCGGCGCGCAGCAGGCGGUGUUCCGCGCGGUCUGCGUGGGCCUCAAGGUCGACAGGGCGCUCGAGAUCGCGCGGGAGGCUCUGCGUGCCAACCAGUGUGUCGUCAUCGGACUGCAGGGCACCGGCGCGGCCAGCACGGGCAAGACGGCGGCGGAGAACGAAGACGAGGGCGGCGUGCAGGACUUCACCUCCGCGCCCCAGCAGCGGCUGCUCACUUAUAUCGCGGACAUGGAGCACAAGCUGGCCUCGGGCCCCGGAGACGAGUCCCAGCGCGCCGAGGCCGUCAAGGAGCUCAGGGCGCUCUACGACGAAGUGAGCGAGAUGUCCCUGCCCCCCAACCCCAUCGACAAGCUCGUCAUCGAGCUCGGCGGGCCAGACCGUGUCGCCGACCUGACGGGGCGCGCGGGCCGCAUCGAGCGCACUGCGGACGGGCGCUUGGGGUACGUCCCGCGGAAGUUCGACGCGGCCGCGCGCAACGUGGAGCGGCAGGCCUUCCAGGACGGCAAAAAGCUCGUGGCGAUCAUCUCCGCGGCAUCGUCGACGGGGGUGUCCUUGCACGCGGAUCGCCGCGCGAGCAACAAGCGGCGCCGCGUGCACAUCACCAUCGAGCUGCCGUGGGCGGCCGAUCAGGCCGUGCAGCAGUUCGGCCGGACGCACCGCGCGAAUCAGGUGCUGCCGCCAGUGUACUGCCUGCUGAUGACCAAUAUUGGCGGCGAGCGGCGGUUCCUGAGCAGCGUGGCGAUGCGGAUGCAGAAGCUCGGCGCGCUGAUGAGCGGCGACCGCCGCGCCGCGGACUCGCAGUCCCUCGGGAAGUACAACGCAGAGACGGAGAUCGGGCAGCUGGCGCUCAAAGACAUCAUGACCGCGAUCGAUCGGGGUAGCCGCACGCGUGGCGGCAACACGGGGGGCAGGCGGCCGCCGAUCGACGCCGUGGAGCCGCGCGAGUGCCGCGAGGGCCGCAUGACCGAGGCGCAGUUCCUGCAGAGGUGUCGGGAGAUCGUGGACGACAUGGGGAUGACGAAGCCCGGGGCGAACGGCGCGGCCGCGUCGAUCGACGUUUCGUUUGACAAUCAGGGCGUGCGCAAGUUCCUCAGCCAUCUCCUGGGCGCCAACGUCGCAGACCAGGAGAUGCUGCUCGCGUUCUACGACGACCAGGUCCUGGAGCGGACGCGGCAGGCCAGGGCGAGCGGGAAGCUCGACCGCUCGGCGCAGGAGCUCCGCGGGACCGGCGUGUGGCUCGCGCGCCACCCCGAGGUGCUCUACCGGGACCCUGCGUCAGGCGCGGAGACCCUGCUGAACCGCGUGAUGGUCGACACGCGCCUGCCAUUCGGCGCCGCGGAGGAGUUCCUGCGGGCUGCGCUCGAAGAGGAGGAGCGCGUGCGCCGCGAGGACGCCCAGGGCAGCUCGCCCAAGUCGGGGUUCUACCUGACGUCAUCCAGGAAGAAGCAGACGGGCGUCGCGGUCGCGGCGUACCGGAAGCGAGGAGGCCGCGUGACGUACGAGGUCAGGGAGCCCGGCGACUGCAAGACCAGGACGAUGCGGAGGAAGGAUUUCGAGGACAAGUUCCGCACGCACAGUCCGCUCGAGGACCCUGUGCAGAUCGAGGGGCUCUGGGAGGAGCAGUACGCGCGCAGCGAGGUGUGCCACGAGCACGUGGUGCUGUCGGGCGUGCUCCUGCCGAUCAUCGGCGCGCUCGCGAGCAGCAGCGCGAGUAUCUGCAUCACGCACUGCGCUCUGACGCGGGCGCACGCGUGCGAGGGCGGCGAGGCCGGGAAGCCCGGCCAGCGCAUCGUGGGCAUCCCGAUCGAGGGCGAGAUCGUCGACGACGUGCGCGCGAAGCUCGAGGAGCUCGCCGCACAGGCCAUGGAGCUGUACCAGCAGCAGCAACGGCAGCUGCCGGAGGAGGAGGACACGGUCGUCGCGGAGGAGGCCGGCGGCGACGCAGAGGCGCUCGACAGCACGGGCUCCGGCGCGCCCAGCCACCCCGCGCGCUCCAUCCCCAACGACGACACUGACAGCGCCAAGUCCAGCGAGGGCGGGCCCUCCCUGCGCGAGCAGGUCGCGCUGCUGCGCGCGCAGUGCCAGGCCCUGCAGCGGCGCUGCGACGCCGCCGAGGCCGCGCGGGAGCGCGAGGUGGGCGCGCUGCGGGAGGAGAACGCGGAGCUGCGGGCGCAGUUCGCGCACAUGGAGGGCCACUUCGCGAGCAGGCUGGACGAGCUGCUGCGGCUCGUGACGCAGGCGGGCGCGUGA